CCGCGGCCCGCGCCCGGCGGCAGCAUGAGCCAAGCCGAGCUGUCCACCUGCUCGGCGCCGCAGACGCAGCGCAUCUUCCAGGAGGCCGUGCGCAAGGGCAACACGCAGGAGCUGCAGUCGCUGCUGCAGAACAUGACCAACUGCGAGUUCAACGUGAACUCGUUCGGGCCCGAGGGCCAGACGGCGCUGCACCAGUCGGUCAUCGACGGCAACCUGGAGCUCGUGAAGCUGCUGGUGAAGUUCGGCGCCGACAUCCGCCUGGCCAACCGCGACGGCUGGAGCGCGCUGCACAUCGCCGCGUUCGGCGGCCACCAGGACAUCGUACUCUAUCUCAUCACCAAGGCCAAGUACGCGGGCGGCGGCCGGUGA